UGCCACUUUAAUAUGGAAAUUUGUUUUCUUAAAAGGAUUUUUCGACUUGCCAUUAUCUCAGAACGAUAUCUGCAUUAAAGUUCACUGCCCCAUGUGCCGUGUUUCUCGGCGUGUGUCACUAGCGCCAACGCCUCGCCUCAGCCUGAUUUGAAGCAUUGCACCUACGCAAACGUUCAAAAAGGCCGCGCAGCCUACUUCUUCGUUUCUUCCCGAGCCAACAUCGCGCCUACACAAGUCAAUGCCUCUUCCUCAGGCAUUGACCCAGUAACAUAAAUGGUUCAACACGAUUCAGGUGCCAUAUGGCCAAAAUUUCUUCUUGGCCAUUCUUGUCUCCCUUUGGGCCUCUUUGCCCCGUCAACUAAUCUCGACUCAAGCAAUGCCAAUUUACAGGCUGUCAGCUCCCUCGGCGGGAAAUGCGCUCUUCCACUUGAUAAUGUCGCCAUCAAUCAGAUAAUUGGGCUAUCAAUUGUUCCGUCGGUCAUUCUGCUGGUUCUGGCUUUUGUCAGGUACUGUCGCCUUUUCAACCAGCAAGUCAAAGUACAGCCUGGCUUCAUUUUCUUUGUCAAAUUGGCAUUUUAUCUCGCUUUAGCGUGCUCUCAGGUUGCAGGACUCCUAGCAUGGCUUGGCAGAAGCGUUUCGCAAAUCUGUCCGGACGUCACGGUAGGCAUUCCCGCCACCGGCCUUGGAGUCGCUGCCUCCCUCACUAUGGCUCUUCUUAGCCCUGCCGAGGACCGCAAAUCUAUCAAGACAUCAAACAUCUUAACCCUGUAUCUGGGUUCCUCUGCCAUUUUCGAUUUGAUUCUCUGUCGAACGAUUUGGUUCCCACAGGACCCUGGUUCCCAAGUGGACAAAUCGCUAGCCCUACCUCUACUCCUGUGCUCCGUUUUCAAGAUCGUGCUCUUUUUCCUCGAAAUGCAGUCAAAGACACGCCGUUUUCUUCCCAACUGGGCGAAGACAGGUCCAGAGGAGGCUAGCGGAACCAUCAACAAGUCGCUCUUUUGGUGGAUCAACAGUUUGAUCAUCCGCGGCUAUAAAAACAAGGAGAGCAUGACUACAUACUACAAGCUAGACAGCGAACUACUCGCGCGCAACGGAUUCCCACACCUUUACCUCCGGUGGCGACAGCAGAUUAUGAAGACCAAGAGCCGUCCUUUAGUCAGAGCCAUUCUCUCCUACAGUCUGCCAUCGAUGCUACGGUGUGUAGCCCCUCGGCUCCUUCUAAUGACUUUCAGACUAUCUCAGCCAUUCCUCAUCAAGAACGCCAUCAUAUAUACCCAACAAGACCAUCACAAUGGCGCCGAUCGCAGCGGGUACAAUUUGAUUGCGCAGGGUGUUGGCGUGUAUGUUGGGCUUGCAAUAUCCGAGGCAAUCUUUGAACGAGCAGUAUAUCGCCAAUCAACCCUCAUUAGAGGCGCUGUCAGUUCAUUGGUGCUGCAUGAUGCAACUGACAUUGCCACUGAAAAGGACGGCGAAAGUGCCGUUACCUUGGUUACAUCAGAUGUUAAUCAAAUAUUGUAUGGAUUUGAGACUGUCCAUAACAUCUGGAGUGGUUUGCUCGAGCUUUCCAUUUGCAUGUAUCUGCUCUGGCGGCAAGUUGGAUUUGGAAGUAUUGGUCCUAUCCUCAUGACAAUUGUUUCGUCAUUGUUGGCUACCAUGAUCAGUUUAAAGAUGCCUGCUCAACAGAUGGCUUGGAGCAAAGCCAUUGAAACGCGCGUGAAACAGACUACGGCCAUUAUUUCUUCCAUGAAAGAGGUGAAGCUACUAGGCGUUGUCAAUCUAUGGUACCAAAAGCUUGAGAACUUGAUGAAAAACGAGUUGUCAAAGUCUCGCGCCAUGCGAGCAUCAAUGACUCUGAUGAACGGAUGUGGCAAUCUCUCUCAUGUAUUUUCACCCGUAUUUGCCUUUGGUAUUGCUCUUUUAAUCUCGGCAUUUGGUGAGAACGGACGGUUUACGUAUGAAUACGCCUUUACCACGAUCUCAAUCUUCAGCUUGGUUGGACAGCCCACAUCAGCAGUCCUGUGGGGAAUGCCUGCAGUUUUGCGAUCUCUGGCUGCCUUUGAAAGAAUUGAGAAGUAUCUUUUGCUUGCGGAAGAGGCUAGGGUUCUACGUGGCGAGUCUUCGGGACCGGUUGAAAGGAUUGGCUACUCUGACGCAUCAGAUGCGACGACCUUGGAUACUGACAUUGCCAUUGACGUUCAGGAUGCCACGUUUUCAUUUGCUGCGAACGAAUCUUUCAGUCUGAAGAAUGUGAAUCUAACACUCAAGACAGGCACGUUUACGAUGGUUAUUGGUAAAGUUGGUACCGGUAAAACCGUUCUGCUUAACUCGUUGCUCGGUGAGGUCAAAACUACCGGAAAAGUACUCAGAAACAUUGGAAGUGGUAUUGCGUACUGCCCUCAAAGCGCCUGGCUUUUCAACGGAACUAUUCGCAAAAACAUUGUUGGAGAGUCAGUCUCUACCAUGGAUCAAGACUGGUACAACACUGUUGUUAAGGCGUGUGCUCUUGAUAUUGACUUUCUUGAGUUGCGCAGCGGUGACCAAACUGAAGUCGGCUCAAAGGGUGUCACACUCAGCGGCGGCCAGCGUCAUAGGGUUAAUCUUGCUCGUGCUUUGUAUUCCCGACACGACUUUCUGGCCAUUGAUGACGUCUUGAGCGGACUGGAUUGGACUACACAAGCUCAUGUGUGGUCACAGGUGUUUGGUCCCAACGGCCUUCUUCGCAAGCAUAACCGCACCGUCAUCCUCGCCACUCAUCAUACUCCCCAUUUAGAAGACGCUGACAAGAUCGUUCUCCUUGGGCAGAAUGGACAAAUUACCCAACAGGGAAGCUUUGUUGAGCUCUCUAGCACGGAGGAUUUCUCAGCAGUGUUGAAAACUCGACAGCCCAAAUCCCAUUCAGGCUCUAGCUCAGAUGAUGAAAGAGAUGACAAACCGACCGAGGAUGCCAAAGCCGACUCAAAUGGGGCAGAAAAGGCAGCCGAAGCGGACAGUGGCGCUGGCGACUGGUCACUGUAUGGAUAUUUCCUGCAACAUAUUGGAAUGCGAAACGCGAUCAUUUUAUUCUGCCUGGGUCUUCUCAUGCCCCUAAGCUAUGCGCUCGGUGAAUUUUGGAUUAUGAUUUGGGCAGGGGCUAAUGAACAGAACCCCCAACUGGCACAAUUGUUCUACUAUCUCAUAUAUACUGUUAUUCAGCUCAUUGCAUUCUUUGGCAUGCUCGCCGAUCUCUGGUUCAUCCUGGUGGUCUUGAUGCCCAAGACGGCCGAGGCGAUGCACCACAUCCUACUGAAUACUAUGAUGAAGGCUCCUCUCAGCUUCUUCACCAAUACCGCCUCAGGAGAUAUUGUUAACCGAUUUAGCAAAGACUUGAAGCUCAUCACUGAGUCUUUGACCACCUCAUUCCUGUUUGUCUGGUUUACCCUUCGAUUGCUUGUCACGUCGUGCAUUCUGGUGCUACCAGGUUCGAGCUAUCUCGCUCUUUCAGUCCCCGUGACUGUAGUUUUCGUUUACUAUUUGGCAAAAGUAUAUCUACCCAACUCAAGACGGCUGCGAAAAGAGGAUAUUCAAGAAGCGGCACCGAUCAACACGCACUUGUUGGAGACAAUCGACGGACUAGUUACGAUCCGUGCCUUUGGUUGGAGAGAAUACUACCGAGAAACAGCCCUGGAAUUGGUUGACAAGGCCCAGACUCCUCAUUACUUACUGCUUUGUGCUCAGCGCUGGCUCAAUCUUGUCCUCGACCUCUACACAGCCGCAAUCGCCGUUUCGCUUAUUGCCUUGGCGGUUUUCCUACCUGACGGAACUCAGACUGGAUUGAUGUCAGUGGCAUUGGUUAAUGUUCUCGGUCUAUCCAGCGCUCUCACUACCCUUGUAUCGAUGUGGACGCAGCUAGAGACCUCGCUAGGUGCCAUUGCUCGAGUGAAAGAAUUUGAGAUUGAAACUGCGCAGGAGAAGGAGCCAGAAGCCCCCCAAGAGUUGGCCUCGAUGUGGCCGGCAGACGGCAAAGUCGUCAUCAACAAUGCCACUGCCUCCUACUCCAAGGAUUCGCUUAGCCCUGCUGUCAACGAUGUUACAGUCACCAUUGAGGCAGGCAAGCGAGUGGCUAUUUGUGGGCGAACUGGCAGCGGAAAGUCGUCUCUUCUCUUGACGCUCUUCCGCCUCAUGGAUCUCGACUCUGGAUCGAUUGCUAUUGAUGGGCUGGAUACGACAACUAUUUCACCAAAUACGCUGAGAGAGAAACUGAUUUGUGUGCCGCAAGAUCCUACCUUAUUCCCGGGCUCUCUUAGAUCCAACCUGUGGCAAUCAGCGGAUGAGACUCUUGCGGCACCGAAUGACGAGGAAAUGCAAAAGGCUCUAGAGGGCGUUGGUCUCUGGGAAACGGUGAGUUCACAGGGUGGCCUGGACAAGGAAGCCUCGGAGCUUUCCUUUUCACACGGGCAAAAGCAGCUAGUAUGUCUUUGCCGUGCAGUGCUCCGCAAAGACACUGGCAACAUCCUUGCACUAGACGAGGCCAUGAGCGCCGUGGAUGGCGAGACGGAGAAGGUGAUGGUGGAGGUUCUUGAUCGAGAAUUUGCCAACCAUACGAUCAUUUCGGUUGCCCACCGGCUCAACACAGUCCGACACUACGACCAGAUUGUCGUUCUCGAAAAGGGCAAGGUUGUAGAAACGGGUGAGCCUGAUGCGCUGCUUGAGAAGGAGGACGGACGGUUCCGCGCCUUGUGGAACGCACGAGGCUGAGCUGAGGCUGGAGGGUGGCUUGAUUGUUUGCUCUUGUUUUUUGUAGUAUUCUUUCUUUAUUAGUUUGUUGCCUUUACAUCAUUAACUGUUUUUUUCCUUUAUGCCAUUUUCACACCCUCUGUAAUCAACCAGGCUGUAAACCAAC